UGCACCUUUACACUUUAUUCACCUUACUUUCACCUUGUGCUCCAGGCCCCAAUAUCUAGAAUCCUUACUCCUUUGUAUCUACCACAUAUCUAUCCACGGACUCAGCCAAUUUCAAGUCGUUCGUUUCCGUUUCCUCCAGAUUCCCCUAUCGGUCUACCCUCACCCUCUCUCCUGAUGUCUGAUGCAUUUACCCAUAUUAUUUGAUAUACUGUGGCCGCUCCUGCUCCCUGCUCCUGCCGAGUAGCUAGAAGUUGUCGAGGGAUUCCCUGUCCCUCUGGACUCCCUGGAAAAAAGUCUACGAUUAAAAUGAAGCGCAGAAGUAGUCGGAAGGGUAAUUUAAGCUCAGGAAGCAACUCAUCCAAAAAAUGUAGAGUAAGCAUCACGGGCGAUGGAGGCUACAAAGAUUCCAAAGGCUGCUUUAAACUGGAAGAGCUGUCCCACACCAGUGGGGACUAUAAUCUUAUAUUCGACAAAAUGCACAAAACAAUUGUACAGCACCAAAAUGACAUACCUUUCUCGGAAUAUAACAUAUUGCAGGUGUUUAGAGUUCACAAUUCUAUUGUGAAAGAGCGAUACGAGCAGCGCAGGAAGCAGAUGACCUCUGAGAUCACCAAGGAUGGAACGAAUUGCUAUUCAUACAUUGAGGAAAUGCGACUUUGGCAUGGGUCGCCCUAUGCAGAAAAGAUUUGCGAGACUGGCUUCAAUUUACAGCCUUCUAAUCCAAAUGGGUUGUUUGGCAAAGGAAUUUACUUCGCGGAGCACUCGUCAAAGAGCAACCAAUACUCGUGGGGUGUUGGGCGCGGCUGCCCCCAGCACAGUAAAACAGCUUGCUACGAUUGUCCAAGACUAAUGCUGCUAUGCAAAGUUUCCCUUGGUCGAAAGUUGUUGACUCAAAAUGCUGUCAAAGCUGCCCCUUCCAACGUGGACACAGUGGUGGCUCGACCAGAAGUCAUCAAUAUGGGUCUGAGAUACCCAGAAUACAUCAUCUACAACCAAGACCAGGCCUACCCUAGCCACCUGAUCAAGUACAAGAUUAUGCCUGUCAGAUGUAAUGAGUGUGAUUCUCUUGGGCAGCAAAUACAGAAAACAAAAGCAGAUGCGGACAGCCAUGUGCCAAACAUUUGCCUCCCAGACGAAGCAAAGGAUAUAUGUACUAUCUCGUGAAAUUAGUUACAUCUGCCUUCUUACCGUGUAUGUUGAUGUGAGAAGAUAUCGUUCGUACAAACAUUCUGUCACUUAAUUAGGAUUUUAAUGUAUAUAAUUAGAUUAAACUUAAAAUUAGUGAUUAGAGUAGACCAACCACACAAACACAUGACCACACAUUUUUGUCUGAUGAACUACUUAUGUAAAAACGGGAAAAAACUAAAGAAAAUAAUCAAAACAUGAAUAAAAAACUAAACUUCUUUGAGAUGUCAGGGUAGGAUUACCCUGACAGAAGCUACCAAGCAAUAUUACUGUAAUAGAUAACAAUGUAUCGACGUGGUGGCGCUCAGGGUACACGAAGGGGUAGAGAGUUAUAUAACAGUCGAGGAGAGACUGCAGAAGAGACAAAGAUGAACCACCGGCGCAAGCAGUCGAGCCCUCUCUCUCUCUCUCUCUCUCUCUCCCUCCUCGCAGCCGACAUGUAGCUGACACACAAUAAACAUACGUAAUGCAAUAUAACUCUGUUUCCCUGCUCGCACCCCUUUUGCCUAAAUGAGGCAUUCCCGAGACAUAAAGCGCACCCAAUACUUCCGGAGUCCGAGAUCCUACAACGAAUAAUUAAUAAGCACACGGGGAAGUCGCAACCCCCGGUUUUCAGGGCUCCGGCGGCCGAGGCGGCGUUGGCCCCCAAUAUCUCACCUUACUUAAGCGCGCGGCGUGGCAGCGCGCCCCUCUGACAGUUGAUCAGAAUUACUUGGUGUAAU